AUGACAACGCUGCCCUUCCUGGACUCUUUCGUAAAGUGGACCUAUAAGAAAUACAAUCCUGCGUUCCAAGCAACGCAGAAGUCGAAAAGGGACGUGAUCGUAUCAGGGGGGCGGUUAAUACAAGCAAACUCUAUUGUUAUCCCAAUUUUCCAAGCAAAUCAUCAGAUCAAAGAUUAUUGGGGAAACACACACGCGCUGAAUCCCGACUGUUGGUCAGACAAGGCGGCAAACAAGAAGAGUCAUCGACUAACCUCCACUCCCCUCGGAGCGGGACCCCGCGGAUGUAUUGGAUACAACGUAGCCCUUCUCGAGACCAAACUGACAAUUACUAAUUUGGACUGGAGAUACUAUUCCGAAGAUGUCGUCAAGGAGCCGGUAGAAUAUGGCCUAGGAUUCAUCUUGAUUCGUCUUCUGAACUAUUAUAUUACCCCGAGCACGCAAGAGAACCAGAUGACCUGAAAAUUCAAAAACACCAAGAGCCACCAAUAGUUUAAACGGCUCGAACAGUGCGAUUGGGAACCAAAAUUCACGCUCAAAGAUAAUGCAAAUCAGAAAAUUCCAGCUCUUCAUUCCUUGCACAGUCUCAUGAAUCGAUACACUGUUGCAUUAGCCACCUCCUUGAAGAAUUUUUUUUUUAUCCAUGUACUACAGUAACGUGAUUCUAUCGCGUUGAUACAUACAAGUAAUGAUUACCAUUUGCC